AUGCUUAUUAUAAAACGGGUGUUUUCGACGGUUUUGCAGGGAGAAAAAUCGAAAUUUCGAGAAUUUUUCGAACUCCCGCAACAAUAUGACUAUAGAACAUGGUUCCCAAUGCACAUGUCAGUUCAACUAAAAAUUAUGGAGGCCAAAUUGAGAAGUGUAGAUUUGGUGAUAGAAGUGCAUGACGCAAGAAUUCCAAUAACUGGGAGAAACGAGCAAUUCUUCAAUCAUCUCUACGCAAUUCGACCGCAUAUUCUAGUGCUCAACAAGUGUGAUUUGAUAGAUAUGAAAAAGUAUCGAGGAAAAAUUGAGGAUUAUUAUUAUGACAGGGGAGUUCAGAAGGUGUUAUUUACUGAUUGUAAAAAACGAAUGCCGAAAGCGAUGAAUGAUGUGAAGAAUUGUAUGUUGGAAGCGUUGGAGAAUACGCCAAGGUUUAAUCGGACUGUUAAAAAUGAAUAUCAGGUGGGCAUUUUGGAUUUUUGAGCAAAAAUCGUUUCAAGAGCUGAAAAUAUUGAUUUCCAGCAAUUUUUCACCCUAAAAUUCGUGCCAAGACCUAAAAAUCAUCAAAAUUCAUCAUUUUUGACCCAAAAAUCUUGCCAAGGCCUAAAAAUCCGGUUUUUGGCCCAAAAAAUCGUGCCAAGACCUAAAAAUAUUGAUUUCCAGCGAUUUUUCAUCAAAAAAAUCGUUCCAAGACCUAAAAUUAUUGAUUUCCAGCGAUUUUUCACCCUAAAAAUCGUGUCAAGACCUAAAAAUAUUGAUUUCCAGCAAUUUUUCACCCUAAAAUUCGUGCCAAGACCUGAAAAUAUUGAUUUUCAGCGAUUUUUCAUUAAAAAAUCGUGUCAAGACCUAAAAAUAUUGAUUUCCAGCGAUUUUUCAUCAAAAAAAUCGUGCCAAGACCUGAAAACUAUCAAAAUUCAUCAUUUUCACCCUAAAAAUCGUGCCAAGACCUAAAAAUAUUGAUUUCCAGCGAUUUUUCAUCAAAAAAUCGUUCCAAGACCUAAAAAUCAUCAAAAUUCAUCAUUUUCACCCUAAAAAUCGUGUCAAGACCUAAAAAUGUUGAUUUUCAGCGAUUUUUCAUCAUAAAAAUCGUGCCAAGACCUAAAAAUCAUCAAAAUUCAUCAUUUUCACUCUAAAAAUCCCAAAUUUUUUUGCAGGCAAUGGUAGUUGGUAUCCCAAACGUCGGAAAAUCCUCGCUAAUCAACGCAAUGCGUACACACAGUCUAAAAAUCAAGAAAAAAGCGGUGGAAUCGGGUGCGCGACCCGGAGUAACAGUUCGAAUUCAAAACCGUGUUCGAAUUCUCGACAAACCGCCCAUUUAUAUCAUAGAUACACCCGGUGUUCUAUCACCAAAUCAUCGAAACAUCGAAGAAGCUAUGAAAUUGGCAUUGUGUGAUUUGGUGUUGGAAUCGCAUGUCAAUCUAUAUUAUUUGGCUGAUUUUCUGCUCUUUUGGCUCAAUAAAUCCGGUGAUUUUUCGUAUGUUGAAGCACUGAAAAUCGACCAAAAAUCUGAUGAUAUUCAAGAGAUUCUAGCGAAAAUUUGUGCUUCUCAUGGAUUUUUGAUGAAAAAUCGAGAAAGAUGGGAUUUCGAUAGGGCUGCUAAGCAUUUUAUUCAAAUUUAUCGAAAUUCGACGACUUUUGGAGAUUCUUGUUUGGAUAAUUUGUAUUUUCAGUAA